CGACUGAUGUUGUUUCCCCGCAGACAUGUGUGGAGUCAUCAGGACCUCUGGAGAGAGGAUCGGGCACGAAAGCGAGGGGUGGAAAAAAGAAGAUGUACACUACUAAGCCUGCUGCGUUUGACAAAGGGAGAGGGAAAGCUACCGUGUUUGAGAAAGGGAAAGGGAAAGGUACUGCGUCUGGGAAAGAGAAAGAGAAAGUUGCACAAGAGGAGCUGCAAGUACCUCGAGGUCUCAUGCCAGGCGAACUUACCGACGAGAUGGCACGGGCCUGGGACGAACUUCAAAGUUUGCAGCUGAAGAAAAUCUCCCAAGAGCCAUUUUAUCUGCCCAUGACAUGUCUCAAGAGACCACCGGUGGAUGGGACCGGAAACAGGUCUUUGGAGGUUCGGGAGCCCGAUGAAGACCAUGUCUCGACGCUCAUGGACUCCAUGAUCGCUUGCCCGACUGGAGAUCAUCUUCCCUUCGUUGGUGUCGUGGAUCCAGACGAAGUGAAAGACAAGUCGGAAGUGGAUCUCGACCGGUUGAGAAGGGGCGGCUACAACAUUUACGUGCUUGGAGGUGGACAUUGUCGGGAGGCGAGAGAACGACCGAGACAGAUCUACCCGGAUAUGGACGACUACAACAGGAAUGUUUGCUAUGUCUAUGCAGGCCUUUCGACGGAUGAGGCAAGGCAGAUGGCACACAAGCACAAUCUGGCAGCUCGCUACUACAGAGACAUGAACUUCAUCGAAAAGAUGAAAUGCUGGCGGAAUGUCUUCGAACGAAAGGGCUCUGUGAAGAUUGCAGAUGUCAAGAUAGCUUGCCUGCGCGAAUAUGGGAUACCACAGCUUAUCGCAUCGAUCGUGCAAUUGGCAGAUGAUCUCUCGCCUGACAUCUAUUUUCAGAGUGACGACAUUCCUGCUCCGUACAUUUUCGAGCGAUCAUUGGAUCCGUGCCUUCAGUGGACCGCGUGCUUGGAGGAACCUAGGGACGAGGAUACCCUACCAUCGCGGCAGGAGUAUUUGAAGCCGUACGAGAUCAUCCCUCACGCCUUCUUUUCGAGCGCAAAGGAAGUGGUGAUCGACGAUGACGACGACGAGGAAACAUCGGAAGAGGGAAGCUACAGUGAACACAGCGAGGGCGAGCUCAGCGAAGGAGAAGAGGUGGAAGAAGAAACCGGAUCCGAGUGGGAAGCCUUGCCGGAGGAAGCGACGCGUAUGGGAACGGAGGCGGAAGAUCCGGAAGCGGCGUGAAAGCGCGAAGAAAUUGCCACCGGGACGCGCCAGCUGGAGUUCGC